AAAAUUGAAGAAAAACAAAAAGAGGCCGAAGAACGACAGCCUCCUGCUGUCUUCUACUUGUUCAUCUUCUUCAAAGAUUUAAGCCGCAACGAAGGCGAACUCCUCUACACGAAGUGACCUUCUGAGAAGCCAAAACGGCGAAUCAGAAUGGGAAACCAGAAGCUAAAGUGGACGUCGGAGGAGGAAGACGCACUUUUGGCAGGCGUGAAUAAGCACGGUCCCGGAAAGUGGAAGAACAUUCUUAAAGAUCCUGAGUUUGCUCCGUCUCUCACUCAUCGCUCUAACAUUGACCUCAAGGACAAAUGGCGUAAUUUGAGUGUCAGUACUGCUUCACAAGGCUCAAAAGAGAAGUCUAGGGCUCCUAAAGCAAAAGCUAUCGUUGCUGCUAUUUCUAACCACCAAAACUCUGCUCCUGCUAAGUUUAAUGCAUCUGCUGAUACUGCAGGGGACGAUACACCAAACAACAGCACACAAGAUGGAAAAAAUGUCCCAAGGUAUUAUACAAUGAUUUUUGAAGCCCUUUCAACCAUAAAAGAUUCAAAUGGAUGUGACAUAGGUACAAUUGUUAACUUUAUUAAGCAAAGGCACGAGGUGCCACAAAACUUUAGAAGGCAAUUGAGCUCAAAGUUGAGGAGGCUUGUUUCACAAGGAAAGCUCGAAAAGGUUCAGAAUUGCUACCAGGUAAAGAAAGACAAUUCAUUGGCAGUUAAUACUCCUACUCCCAAACAAAAAGAUGUCAGGCAACGGAUAUCACAAUAUACCAUGGGAGGGGGGAUGCCAUCAGGGGGGGAUACGUUGGAAGACGCGGCGAAAGCGGCGGCCUACAAAGUUGCUGAUGCAGAGAACAAAUCUUUCUUAGCUGCAGAAGCUGUCAAGGAGGCAGAGAGAAUUGCAAAGAUGGCAGAAGAUACAGAUUCAAUGCUACAGAUUAUAAAAGAGAUAUAUGAAAAAUGUUCCCGUGGUGAAAGUAUUCUCUUGGCUUAGGAUCACUUGUAAGUGUAAUGGCCAAUCCUUUAAUGUUCUUUGAAUCCGCAUGUAAAUUCUUCAAAUCCUGUGGAAUUGUUCUUGUUAUGGAUGAAUCAAAUUAAUUUAUAGGUAGAUAUACAAAUAUUUGUCUAGUUGUUAAAAUGAACUUGUCUUUCUUUUCCNUUAAG